AUGGGUAAAAAAAAGAAUGCUUCCUCAGCGGAGGAUAAAGCAGACCUUUCAACAAUACAAAAUAUAUCUCAAGAUACAAUAACUUCAACGAUUCGCGAACGUUAUCAAAAUGAUAUUAUUUAUACACGUAUAAACCACUCCGUACUCGUAGCGGUGAAUCCUUAUAAACCUCUCCCCAUAUUUAAUGAUAUAACUAUUCAACAAUAUGUUGCAGACUAUAAAGAUACUUCGGGUCAAAGAGCUUCAUUGCCUCCACAUGCCUUUCAACUUUCCUCGCAAGCUUAUUUACACAUGAGACGAACUGGACAAGAUCAGUCCAUCAUUUUAAGUGGAGAAUCGGGCAGUGGAAAAUCAGAAACUCGGAAACUUUUGGUUAAACAAUUAGCCGCUUUAAGUUCACAUCAAAAAAAAGAUUCCAAAAUCCAAAAUAAAAUUCCUAACUCGGAAUUCAUUUUAGAAUCAUUUGGAAACGUCAAAACAAAUAUUAAUAAUAAUGCUUCUCGUUUCGGUAAAUAUACUGAACUCCAAUUUAACGGACGAGGUAGAUUAAUUGGCGCUAAAACACUUGAUUACCUAUUGGAAAAAAAUCGAAUCGUCAAAUCUUUUCAAAAUGAACGAAAUUUUCACAUAUUUUAUUAUUUAAUCGCUGGAGCUUCACAAGAUGAGAAAUCACAUCUUCAUCUUACUGAUGCUUCACAAUAUCGUUAUCUUAAUGUUCCAAAAGGGACCAGAGGACCUAAUGUUGAUGAUAUGAACAAUUUUAAUGAGUUAAAACAAGCUUUAAAAUCUCUAGGAUUUCAUAAAAAACAUGUAGCUCAAAUGUUUCAACUUUUAGCUGCUAUUUUACAUUUAGGUAAUAUACAAUUUGCUCAAGAUCCAAAUAACAGACAAAAAGAAGCAGCUUUCGUAAAAAAUAAUGAGGUUUUAGAUUUAGUUGCGGACUUUUUAGGAGUAGAUCCACAGGCUCUUCAGAAUGUACUUACAUAUAAAACUAAAUUAAUCAAAAAAGAAAUAUGUACAAUAUUCUUGGACGUGGAUUCUGCUUCAGUUCAACGGGAUGAUUUGGUGAAGGCACUUUAUUCUUUAUUAUUUAGUUGGAUCGUAGAAUAUAUUAACACGAAACUUUGUCAAGAAGAUUUUGCCAACUUUAUUGGUAUUGUCGACUUUAUUGGAUUUCAAAAUUUUACAGAAAAUUCUCUUGAUCAAUUUUGUGUAAAUUUUGCCAAUGAAAAAAUUCAUAAUUUCGUUUUAAAACAAAUUUUUGAAUCACGUCAAGAUGAAUUUACCGGGGAAGGGAUUAAUGUUCCUGAUAUACCUUAUUUCGACAAUUCGGCGUGCCUUCAAAUGAUCUCUCAUCCUUCAUCAGGUUUAAUCGCAAUAAUGGAUGAACUUGCCAAUAGAUCUUCUCGUAAAACUGAUAAUACUAUGUUAGACACUUUCAGUAAAAAAUAUUCAGAACACAACUCCUUUACACCUGCUGGCAAAAGUUUGAACGCUCUUCCUAUUUUUGGUAUUCAACAUUUCGCCGGUCAAGUUACCUAUAAUGCCACGGGAUUCCUUGAAAAGAAUACUGAUAACCUCAGUGCCGAUUUUGUCUCAUUAUUCCGUAAUAGUACCGGAGCAAGUACCACUUCAAAUAGUUUCAUCGUUGGUUUAUUCACCGAUAAGGCCGUUUCUACAGAAUCCCAUCCUCGAAAUGAUAAUACUAUCGUUUCGGCCCAACAAUCUGCCAAGCCUAUGCGCGCUCCAUCAAUGCGCCGUAAAAAAAGUCAACCCGGUUCCGAAGAAUUAUCUUCAAAACCAAAGGUUUCUUGUGUUGCCACUCAAAUUUCUUCGGCUUUAAGUGAAUUGUGUGAAACGCUUGAAGACACAAUUUCUUGGUAUGUUGUCUGUGUUCGCCCAAAUGAUUCACAACUUCCUAAUCAAUAUGAUUCAAGAGUUGUACAAUCUCAAGUAAAAUCAUUUGGAUUACCGGAAAUUGCAAAGAAAUUACAAAUAGAUUAUACCAUUGAAUUCACCCACCAGGAAUUUUUAGAAAGAUAUGAGCCUAUUUUGGAUUCAAUGGGAAUUGAUCAAUCGAGAGAUCCUAAAGCAAAAUGUGAAGCUUCUUGUACUAUAUUUGGUUGGACAAGUUCUGAUAUGGCUGUUGGUCAAAAUAAGACAUAUUUGAGUGAAACCGCAUGGCGUAACUUGGAAGACAAUCUACGUAAUAUGGAUGGUGAAGAAAAACGCAAGAAGAAAGAUAAGAAAGCAGUCGCAAGUACAACCCGUGGCGAAGAUAAUUUAUCUCCUACUUCUUACCCUCGCCUUUCUCCGCCAAAAGCAUUGGAUCAAAGGUCCUUUGAUGAUACUCGCUCAAACUUUUCUGAAGAUGACUUUUAUCAAGAUGAUUCAGUAAGUCAAUAUGAUGAUAAUGGUUCUUCAUUUGGAUCAGAAACUACUGCUGCUCGUAAGAAAUGGGUAUUCCUCACUUGGCUCCUUACCUGGUGGGUUCCUCCUUGUUUCUUGAGUUGGUGCGGUCGUAUGAAAAGAAAAGACAUUCAAAUGGCAUGGCGUGAAAAGGUCGCACUUUGCAUCAUUAUUGCUUUGAUUUCAGCUAUGAUCAUUUUUGUUCUCGCUUUCUUGGGUGAAUUGAUUUGUCCAAAAGUUCACAUUUACACUGGUGAAGAACUAAGUUCCCAUAAUGUUAAAGAUAAUCCUGACGAUACUCUAGUCUCAAUUCGUGGUGAUAUUUAUCAAUUGAGCACAUUUGCACCUCGCCAUUUCCCACCAUUGGUUGAUACGGACACAAUUUUGGCAUACGGUGGAAAUGAUGUAUCACAAUUAUUCCCUGUUCAAGUUAGCGCUCUUUGUAACGGAAUUGACGGAUUUGUUGAUCCGGCUGUUACAUUUGACUUUACCGGCAAUAACACCAAGGACGACAAUGCUAAAUAUCACGAUUUCCGAUUUUCUUCUUCUGACAAUGAUUAUCGACCAGAUUGGUACUUUACAGAAGUUUUAAUGAGAUUGAGAUCGUUGUACCUUGUAGGUCAAGUAGGAAUACCGGCACAUAUAGUCAAAGAAAUGGCAAUUAGAGAAAAUGAUAGAAGACAAAUUGCUAUUCUUAAUGAUAAUAUAUACGAUUUAACACCUUACAUAACUGGUGGUCGUCAAGCAUUGGGUCCAGGUGGAACACCUGUUGAAGGCGUUAAUACGGAUUUCCUGCUUCCUGAAAUUGUUGACCUUUUCAAAAGUUUUAAUGGUUUGGAUCUCACAAAGAAUUAUAAUAGUUUAUUACUUGAUCCUGAAGUUAGAAAUCGUCAAGAAGUUUGUUUGAGAAACUUAUUUUAUGUCGGAAAAGUCGAUCAUCGUAAUUCUCCGCAAUGUUUAUUUUCAAACUAUAUUUUACUCGCAUUUUCAAUUGUAUUGGUUGCUGUCAUUUUCUUCAAAUUUUUAGCAGCAUUGCAAUUGGGUUCAAGGAGAGAACCAGAAGAACAUGAUAAAUUUGUUAUUUGUCAAGUUCCCUGUUAUACUGAAAGUGAUGAAUCUAUGCGUAAAACUUUGGAUUCUUUGGCCGUAUUAAGAUAUGACGACAAACGCAAGCUUUUAUUUAUUGUUUGUGAUGGAAUGAUUGUCGGUAGCGGUAACGACAGACCAACGCCUCGUAUCGUCUUGGAUAUUUUAGGAGUUGAUCCAAAUAUUGAUCCUGAACCUCUCAGUUUUCUUUCUCUUGGAGAUGGUGCCAAACAACAUAAUAUGGGCAAAGUAUAUUCUGGAUUAUACGAAUGUAAUGGACAUGUUGUUCCUUAUUUAGUAGUAGUAAAAGUUGGAAGACCAUCCGAAAGAUCUCGACCUGGUAACCGUGGUAAACGUGAUUCUCAAAUGAUCCUAAUGAGAUUCUUGAAUAAGGUUCAUUUCAAUUCUGAAAUGACUCCGUUAGAAUUGGAAAUGUAUCAUCAAAUCAAAAAUGUUAUUGGGGUAAAUCCAAGUUUCUACGAAUAUGUUCUUAUGGUGGACGCCGAUACUGAGGUUAUGCCAGAUUCUUUGAAUCGUCUCGUUUCCGCUUUUAUGCAUGAUACCAAAGUAAUGGGACUUUGUGGUGAAACGACUCUUGCUAACGAAAAAGACUCUUGGGUUACUAUGAUUCAAGUAUACGAGUAUUAUAUUUCUCAUCAUCUUGCAAAAGCUUUUGAAUCACUUUUCGGUAGCGUUACUUGUUUGCCCGGAUGUUUUUGUAUGUAUAGAGUCCGUACACCAGAUUCCCAUAAACCUUUAUUGGUCAGCAACCAACUCAUUGAAGAAUACUCUGAAAAUUUGGUCGAUACUCUACACAAGAAGAAUUUACUUCACCUUGGUGAAGAUCGUUAUUUAACAACUUUAAUGAUGAAACAUUUUCCCAAUUAUAAGAUGACAUUUGUUCCAGAUGCACAAUGUAAAACUGUUGCUCCUGAUCAAUGGUCUGUGCUCUUAUCACAACGUCGUCGAUGGAUCAACUCUACUGUACACAAUCUUAUGGAACUAGUUUUCUUACCUCAACUUUGCGGUUUCUGUUGUUUCUCUAUGCGUUUUGUGGUCAUGAUUGAUUUGUUUGCUACCCUUAUUAUGCCCGCAACUGUUGCAUAUUUUUUAUAUCUGAUUUAUCACAUUAUAAAGUAUCCUUCAUUGGUUCCAAUUACGUCUAUAAUGUUGUUGGCCGCUGUAUAUGGUCUUCAAGCCUUUAUAUUUAUUCUUCGUCGUAAAUGGGAACAUGUUGGUUGGAUGAUUGUUUAUAUAAUUGCCAUGCCCGUUUUCUCCUUUUACUUGCCUAUUUAUGCAUUCUGGCAUUUUGAUGACUUCUCAUGGGGUAAUACACGUAUGGUUAUAGGUGAAAAGGGUAAAAAGGCAUUGAUAGCGGACGAAGGCAAAUUUGAUCCAAAGAGCAUACCUAAGAAGAAAUGGUCAGAUUACGAACAAGAAUUAUGGGAAGUUGGCACACAAGGAUCACAAGAUUCCGCACAUUCAAGAGCUUCGGAUCGUUCUUACCGAAGUGGCAGAUCCGCUAAAAAAGCUGGAUCAGUUGCUGGAUCAGUUGCCGGAGAUUAUUAUGAUGAACGUAAUAGAAGAGGUCGCUCUCGAUCACCUGCACCUCCGUUUGCCAGUAGUGAUCCAAGGAUGUCUCGUAAUUAUUCUACUGAAAUGAGUCAGAGAGGAUCCGUAUAUGGUAUCGGACGUGGUGCUGAAUAUGAUGUUUAUGGAGCCGUUACAACACUUGGAUCGAGACCUGUUAGUAUGGUAGAAGGUGGUGGACAAGGUUCCGACUUUCCCUCAGAUGAAGACAUUCUUCAAGAAAUUCGAAAUAUAUUAUCAACAGCUAACCUAAUGUCAAUUACAAAGAAACAAGUUCGUGAUGACUUAUCCCAAUACUUUGGCAUGGAUAUGAGUUUAAAGAAAGAGUAUAUUAAUAACUGUAUAGAAUUGAUUCUUCAAGGAAAACUUUAA